AUGGCUGAGCAGCAGCCGCCGCCGCCGCCGCCACGACCCCAUUCUCCUUCCCCAGCGGCGGUGCAAGUGCAACCGGGGCCGGCGGCAGCAAGCCACCACAGCCAACACCAGGCGGCGGCCUCGGGUUCGGGUCCAGCCUCGCCUCAUUCUCCUUCUCCGGUGCUGCUGCUGCCGCAUCAGGGCGACGGGACGUCGUCGGCGGGGGCAUCAUCAGCUGCCACGGCGCCGGCGCCGAUGGCGACCGCGACCAGCUCGGGGGAGCCGUCGCCGCGGUCGUCCGGGAAGCAUGCAUUCUACCGCGGCAUCCGGUGCCGGAGCGGCAAGUGGGUGUCGGAGAUCCGGGAGCCCCGCAAGGCGCGGCGGAUAUGGCUCGGCACGUACCCGACCGCCGAGAUGGCCGCGGCCGCCUACGACGUGGCGGCGCGCGCGCUGCGCGGCGCCGACGCCGUGCUCAACUUCCCCGGCGCGAUCGCCUCGCGCGCGGCGCCCGCGUCCGCGUCCCCCGCGGACAUACGCGCGGCGGCUGCGGCGGCCGCGGCCGCCGCGCAGCUCGAGUACUCGCAGUCGCAGGGUACCGCCGCCAAUAAUCCUCCUGCCGCCGCUGCACAGGACCACCGGCGGCAUCAGCAGCAGCAGCACGGCGUGAUGAUGAGCGGCGCGAGCGCGACAGCUGACGACGCGGCGAGCUUAUACACGACGCCACAGCAGCAGGAGAUCGGCGGUGACGAGUUCAUGGACGAAGAGGCCAUCUUCGAGAUGCCGCAGCUCCUGCGGAACAUGGCGGCGGGGAUGAUGAUGAGCCCGCCGAGGCUCAGCCCCGACACCUCCGACGAGUCGCCCGACCCGUCCGAGGCCGGGGAGAGCCUCUGGAGCUACCAUGACCCGUAG